AUGAAUCGAUUUAAAGGAAAUCGAAUUACAAAUGGAUCUAUUUCAUCAUUUGAACAUUUAAAAGAUAUGCAUAAAGUGGAAAAACCUCUAUUUGAUCGUUCAAAUAUUAAACUUGAAGACAAACUUGAUAUUGAAUCUCAAUAUGAUGAAUUAAUAAUACCUAAUUGGACGUAUUCAACUGAUUUAGGUUUUGUUUAUAAUCCAAUUCGAGAGAAACGUAUGAAAAUAAUUAAAAAAAAUAUUCGAAAAACGACAAAAGACUUUGAUUCAAAUGCCGAUUCGAUUGUUAAAUUUAGUCAUAAUAAUGCAAAUGAAAUAAAACUAUUAGAAGCGACUUUUUCAAAAUCUACAAUACCUAUUUCAUCGAAAGAUAUUCAACAUUCAUUCGAAAUUCGUUCUCGUACUCAACGACAACAUAUUGAUAAGAAUUCCAUAGAUUUAAUCUCGAAAGAUAAAUCUUUAUUGCAACAUAAAAAAUAUGAUAUUCUAUUACAUUCUUAUCGUCAAUCUUUUCAAAAUUUCAAUCAUUUUUCAUUAUCACAUAAUUAUCGAUAUGAUAAUGUCUUCAAUAAAAAUAUACUUGACAAAAGACAUUUUUCAAAGAAAGUAUUUAUUUGUAAAGUGCAUUCUUUAUCAUGGCCAGAAUCUUAUCAAUUCAAAGUCAAUAACGAACUACCUUAUAGAAUGAUAGAAAAACUUCAAGCAAUAGAUUCCUUUAAUGGAAUACAACAGCCACAACGAUUGUGCCAUUAA